AUGGAUUACAAUCGUCAUCACCAUAAUUCCGCUAUACCAGUGGUCGUUCUUUCUGCUUGUAGCAAUAUCUGUGGUGCGCGUCUCGAUAUACCGACAGUAUCAACUCUGAUCCAUGAAUAUAACGGUGUUGUCGCAUGGGACUUGGCAGCCAUUGCAGCUCAUGACAAGGUCGAUAUGAACCCUUCUACGCACUCUAACGGUUAUAUCGAUUUCGCAUUCGUAUCUCCUCAUAAGCUGAUCGGUGGUCCCGGUAGCAGCGGCCUCUUGUUGUGUAAGAAGAAACGACAGACUAACGCCGUGCCGACUGUCUGCGGCGGAGGCGUCGUUCUAUACGUGAGUCAGAGAGGUCAUCGGUAUCUGGCUAACUUCGAAGAGCGCGAGGAAGCUGGUACCCCCGACAUCCUCGGAUGCAUCAGAGCAGGUAUCGUCUACCAUCUUCAUAGGACGAUCGGUAUCGAGAAGAUUGCUGCUGCUGAGCAUAAAAUGGCCGAUCAUUUAUAUAAAAGGCUUCAGUCCCACAGCAAGAUUCAUAUACUCGGGCCCAAGGCAAGCUAUACUCGUUCUACCGCUUUUGACGAUCGUCUUAGGAUCGUUCUCACUGUGCUGGUAUUUUAUCCUUUAAUAUCUUGUAUAAUCACAGCAAUCCUUCCACAGGACACGGCCUUUGUAUCCUUCAGAUACCUCCAUUAUAACUUUGUUGCGGCUGUCCUAAACGAUUUGUUUGGCAUUCAAGCUAGGGGUGGCUGCGCUUGUGCUGGACCGUAUGCGGAAACCAUUCUCGGUCUCAGUGCUGAAAACGCCACCAAGUUCGAAGAAGCUGUCGGCUGCACAUUAUCCGAGAUUUUCAAGCCUGGAUUCGUUCGAAUUGGAGUGCACUUCACAAUGACCCAGGAAGAAGUGGACCUCGUCGCCGAUGCUAUUCUGUGGAUCGCCGAUAAUGGUUGGAUACUCCUCCCUUCGUACACUUUCAAGACCCGAUCAGGAGAGUGGUAUCAUAUCAGACGAGAUGAUAGGCAAAAGCUCAAGACUCUUUUGGAGACGUUUGUUCAAUCAUCCUUUCGGACAGGGGUUGAAUUGAUUUCUCUUGGGAACUGCUCCGCACGAUGUGGUGAGGGCAGUGCCCGUCGCUCAAGUCUGCCGGAGCACUCAAUCGGAGGCCACAAGCACGUCGAUGAGGACUCAGCAAUGGUUUCGCAAAAAGCUGAUGAGGUGUGCAAGAAGAUUCUGUCCGAGGCAGCCAUGGUCAAGCUCGACUUGCCACUAUUCGAUCCUAGUCUCAUCCACCUAUUGUGGUUCGCUCAUCCAUUUGAUGCUCAGCAGUCUAUCAUUCAAUCGAUGUCUUCAAGUGAACCGCCCGAACCUAUGGUUCGCACUGACCUAGACCUUUCAAACAUUGCGGAGAAGGCCCCUGGACAUGAGAUUAGUUCAAGACCCAGCGAAAGCAUCUUCAACGUUCGCUCCUGGAGUGAUGGAGUCGAACCUCCUAGAGGAGUCAAAAAGGUCAUGGAUUACAAUCGUCAUCACCGCGAUUCCGCUGUACCAAUGGUCGUCCUUUCUGCUCGUCGCAAAAUCCAUGGUGCUCGUCUUGAUGUUAUGAUAAGGUCGGCCCUUGUCUGUCCCCAACGAACUUUCAUGAUCGCGCUAUCACACGUCGAUAUGAACCCUUCUACGCACUCUAACGGUUAUAUGGGUUUCGCCCUCGUAUCUCCUCAUAAGCUGAUCGAUACUUCGUUCAGAAUAACCCAUUCUAAACUGGUCACUCAGGAUGCGAAGUUCCCGCUCUGCGCGACCUGCAGUACAAUCUAUGCUCGUAAAGAAAGCAGCAAAAAAGGCAGAAGUCUGACUAGUGUUGAGGAAUUCAUAUCCUCCACCGUCUGUCCUACGUACGUGGAAGUCAUCUCGGCUGAAUCCGCCGUCGUCAAGUCAUGCAGAUACGCGAACACUCACUCCAUGGCUUCGGCAACUGCUCGUCAAACGAUGCGUUACCGCGAAGACGCAAGGGAGGAGAUUCGUAAAUAUUUCAAUUGUACUGCCGAAGACUCCGUCAUUUUCUGUGGUGCUGGAGCUACGGCAGCUAUCGACAGGUUCAUUGGAAUCCUGUGCCACAGUCGAAUCUUUGCUACUGAUGCAUCUCCGAGAGGCCUCCGUCGGGCGGUCCGCUCAUCUCUAACAAACACAUUAGCUUUGAUCGUUGCCAUUCAGGUUUUGAUUGUAGAUCCGGCUGCUCAUCACAGCUCAUUACUCCCCUUCAGAGAGCUGGCUUCGAACUAUCCACUCGUCCGCCCAGCACCCACAGGUCAGAUCCAUGCAAAGGUCAUCAUGAAUCAUCCUUUGUUAGCUCUGGCGGCAUUUCUCAUGUGCUUCAAAGGUAACGAAUCCGCAGAUUUCGAAGUUGAACUCGAGACGCUACCUCUAUGCCCAGUCAAGGGUACUGCUUCUGUUGAGGGUCUCGAGAAAGCACUGAAGAAGGUCAUGGAUUACAAUCGUCAUCACCAUAAUUCCGCUAUACCAGUGGUCGUCCUUUCUGCUUGUAGCAAUAUCUGUGGUGCGCGUCUCGAUAUACCGACAGUAUCAACUCUGAUCCAUGAAUAUAACGGUGUUGUCGCAUGGGACUUGGCAGCCAUUGCAGCUCAUGACAAGGUCGAUAUGAACCCUUCUACGCACCCUAACGGUUAUAUCGAUUUCGCAUUCGUAUCUCCUCAUAAGCUGAUCGGUGGUCCCGGUAGCAGCGGUCUCUUGUUGUGUAAGAAGAAACGACAGACUAACGCCGUGCCGACUGUCUGCGGCGGAGGCGUCGUUCUAUACGUGAGUCAGAGAGGUCAUCGGUAUCUGGAUAACUUCGAAGAGCGCGAGGAAGCUGGUACCCCCGACAUCCUCGGAUGCAUCAGAGCGGGUAUCGUCUACCAUCUUCAUAGGACGAUCGGUAUCGAGAAGAUUGCUGCUGCUGAGCAUAAAAUGGCCGAUCAUUUAUAUAAAAAGCUCCAGUCCCACAGCAAGAUUCAUAUACUCGGGCCCAAGGCAAGCUAUACUCGUUCUACCGCUUUUGACGAUCGUCUUAGGAUCGUUCUCACUGUGCUGGUAUUUUAUCCUUCAAUAUCUUUUGUAUCCUUCAGAUACCUCCAUUAUAACUUUGUUGCGGCCGUCCUAAACGAUUUGUUUGGCAUUCAAGCUAGGGGUGGCUGCGCUUGUGCUGGACCGUAUGCGGAAACCAUUCUCGGUCUCAGUGCUGAAAACGCCACCAAGUUCGAAGAAGCUGUCGGCCGCACAUUAUCCGAGAUUUUCAAGCCUGGAUUCGUUCGAAUUGGAGUGCACUUCACAAUGACCCAGGAAGAAGUGGACCUCGUCGCCGAUGCUAUUCUGUGGAUCGCCGAUAAUGGUUGGAUACUCCUCCCUUCGUACACUUUCAAGACCCGAUCAGGAGAGUGGUAUCAUAUCAGACGAGAUGAUAGGCAGAAGCUCAGGAGUCUUUCGGAGACGUUUGAUCAAUCAUCCUUUGCGACAGGGCUUCAAUUGAUUUCUCUUGGGAACUGCUCCGCACGAUGCGGUAAGAGCAGUGCCCGUCGCUCAAGUCUGCCGUCAAUCGGAAGCCACAAGCACGUCGAUGAGGACUCAGCAAUGGUUAUGCAAAAAGCUGAUGAGGUGUGCAAGAAGAUUCUGUCCGAGUGCCAGGAUUCGUAUCAGUAG